AUGGAAGAAUAAGUAAAAAAACUAUAAAAUAUAGUUGAUCAUCUUUAGAAGAAAAGCAAAUAGGUAAAUUCAAAAUUAUUAAUGGAAUGUUAUGAAGUCUUUUCUGAAUGCAUUUUAAUUGUUUAAAGAGAGAUUAAUUUAGAUCUUGGAAAUGUUAUGGAUAAACUUUUCAUUAUUAUUAGAGAUAUGGUUGAGAAUUCUUAAUUUAAAAUACCAUCUAAUACAGAACCUUAAUAAAUUAUUGUAGCUACCAAAAUUCCUGAAUUUGUUAAUGCCUUAUAAUUAGGAAGUGUAUCAGUUUUAGAUCAAUUAGGUAAUGUUGAAUAAAUCAAAAAUAUUCAUCAAAUACCAUGGUGUGAUUAUAAAUGUAAAGAAUAAAAGCCUCGUAAUUUUAAAGGUGUUUAAGAUGUAGGCACUAGUACUAUUAUUGAUUAUUAUGAAAAUUGUUAGAAGUCAUCUACUUAAAUAUUGAAGAAUGAAGAAGAAAUUAGAGAAUGGUUAGAAUUUACUAAUGAUACUAUUGCGAUGUUAGGUGAUGCUAUAGCUAACAAAAAAUAAUUAGAUAUAGAAUAUUAAGGUAAACCAGGAGAUGUUGAUUUAUUAAUUUCAGACAUAUAAUUUAGAAGAUUAAAUUUAGAAUAAGUAUUAAAAUCAGUGAAUCCUGAACAUUUUGGAGUAUAAUACUUUGAUUAAACUGUUUCAUUUCUUUAAUAGCAUAUAUUAUAAAUUUAAUAAUAAACUGCAUUAGCAGUUAUUUCAAAGAUGAAACAUCGCCAAGAAGAAAAAGAUAAGUAAUUACAAAUUAUUAAUGAGAUGAAAGGAAAAAUCAAAAAAAAAGUUAUGCAUAAAGAAGAUUGUCGUUGUGCAUAAUAUGUUAAUGAUAUAUUAUCACUUAAAAAUAAAUUAGAAUAAACUUAAACUGAUCUCGCUAAAAAAGAACAUUAUAUCCUAGAAUUAGAAAUUAAAAAUGAUUAAAAAGAUAUUUAAUAUAGAAUGUUACAAUAAUCAUUUUAUUAAUUAGAAAGUGAUAGAACAGACUUAAAACAAAAAUUAGAUAAUUAUACUAGAUUAAAAAAUAAUGAUAGAGGUUAUAUAUCUUAAAGUAGUAAUGAUGAAGUUGUUGUAACUGGAAGACAAGUUCUACCUAGAACUACAAGUAGAGAUUAAUCAUAAUAAUAAUCUUCCAAAUAGUAGAUUCUACUCUCACCUAAAGAAAAUUACAAUAUAUAAAAGAAAACAUAAUAAAUGGAAAGAUUGGUUAAAUUAGUUAAUGCUUUGGAUGUCACUAAUUAAACUCGCAGAUUAACAUAAAUGCAAUUCAUUCUAGAAUAAAAAGGUAUCUCAUAAAUUAAUGAUCUUGCUGAUCUUAUUAAAGAUAUUGAAGAAAAUGAUUUAUUAUAGAAUGAUAUUAUUGACAAUAGUUCUCUUACUAAAGAGAUAGAACCUAUUUCAUCUAAAUUUUUAGAUAAAUAAUCUAAAUAAUAUACUACAUAAAGAAAUUCACUUUAAAAUUCAUUUGAAAUUGAAAUGAAUCUUGAUAAACCUAUUAUUAGAGUUAGUAUACCUACUGAAUAAGUUUCUUCUUAAAGAUAAAUUCCAAGUAAUAGAAUUAUGUCUUCUGUUGGAGGAUCUUAAAAUAAAUAAGAAUUUAUAAAUACUAAUUAUCAUCCACGAUAAAUGGAUACAUUAAAAAUUUUUAAUUCUUCAUCUAAUUAAUUAUCUCCAAAUUAAUCCAAAAAAAGAAUGAAAUCAUCUUAAAACAUAAAUAUUAAUAGAUAAAAUUCUAUCAAAAAUUAAUAAUAAUAAUAAUAAUAAUAAUAAUAAUAAUAAUAAUAAUAAUAAUAAUAAUAAUAAUAAAAAUCAUCUGAUAAAUCUAAAUAAUAAUAAUAAUAAAUUUAUACUAACAAUUUAAUAGAUUAAUAUUAAUAAACUGAUCAUCAUUUUCUUAAAAUAGAGGUUUCAACUUAAACAGAAAAAAAUCCAAAUAGAUAAACAACAGAAUAAUUUGAUAAUAUUAGGAUUAUGGGAACAUAUAAUAAAAAUAAUUCUUAAUAAUUAACAACUAGUAGUACAUUUCACUUUAAUUCUUUAGGUAAUAUUGGUAAUGUUAUUACACCUAUUUAAUCAAAUAAUAAUUCUAAUGUUCAAUCUCCAAGAAAUUAAAUAUAAAAUUAACAUCUUAAUUCAACUUUAACUGGAUCUUUUCCUUCACCUAAUUUAACAACUAAAAAAAAGAAACUUUAAAGUGUUAAAUCUGAAUCUGAAAAUUCUCAAUAAAUAGGACGUUAAUUAUCAUUGCAUACUUUUGACAAUUAAUAAUCUUAAUAAACUCAAUCUUUAAAAUAAAGAAUAUUAGAAAGAUAGGAAGAGAAACAUUAGAAAAUUAGUCAUCGUAAAAUUUAAACUAGCACAGGUACUUAAUUAUAAAGUUUGUCACCUAGAGAAAGUAGCUCAUUAAAAAUAAAAACUAAUGAUGAUAUGAAACUAUAAAAUUAUCAAUAAGAUUAAGAAGAUGAAUAAUUAAUGUAUAAUUAAAUAUUACAUGAUUUUCCUGAAUAGCAUGAAUAGGAAAUCAUAACAAAAGCAAUUAAUAGAACACCAGGUUAUGAAUUGGCCCCUGAACUCACAGAAAAUAUAUUGAUAACAAUGUUUUAAAAUCUUUAAAAUACUCCUGAAUUCAUCUAAUUGAUUCAAAAAGCAAAUAAGAAUUAAUCAAUUACUUUAAAUGAAUUUAAAAGGUUUGUCAAUAGAAUGUAAGCAUUUCAUAAAAAAUGUGGAAGAGAGUGUAAUCAUUUAUAAAGGUAUAAUAUAUUUUAUGGAUAUUUUAAGAUUUUAUUUGAGAUUAGGAUUCGUUUCAACUAAGUAUUUGAACAAACGUAAGUAACUUAAAUUAUCAAAACCUACAGUUCUGCCAGGCUUCAAAUGA